AUGGAGUUCCCCAACGUCGACCUCAAUCUCCGGUGGCAAGACCAGAAAGUGGUCAAGAAGGAUGGCUUAUGGGUGGUUGAGGGGCGACCGAUGUUCAAUGUCACGCUUUCCCAUCUUCACCACCCCAGCAACUUGCCGGGCAAGACAUGGACGGGAGUGCUCGUUUCCGGACCGCCGAAAGCAGCCACGCCCCCUCACACGCACGCUGGUGCCGCUGUCGUCGCCACGGUGAUCCGAGGCCAUGUGCUCAACCAGAUGGUACACACCCACUUCGACCCAGUGACCGGCCAGAAGGAGCACAGCAGCGGCGCCAAGAUAUACGGGCCCGGCGAGAGCUGGUACGAGGCACCAGGAUGCCAUCACGUCCGCUCGGAGAAUGCCGGGAGCGAGGACUGCGAAUUCGUGGCCAAUCUGAUUCUCGAUUCGAGCGUCUUUGAAGGCUUGGAUCUCGAGGAUCGGAGCCAGCUCGCCGACAUCCAGAAGAUUCAGCGCUUCGUCGUAAUUGAUGCUGAUGUUGAGGAGAAGAGGCUGCAGGGCUCCGAGUGA